AUGGAACAUACCCCCAAAUGCCCCGGCGUGCAUGGAGAAGCAUUUGGACUCGGCGCAGUACAGGGCAGAUGGCAGCCUGUUGCUGGGGGCCUCCAGUCUGACGGGCAGAUGCUGGCUGGGUUCAUCUGGGUCUACAGUGACCCCAAGCAGUCUCCCAACGAGGGUUUCUGCAAGGCUGGUGUGCAGACAGAGGCUGGGGUCACAAAGGCAAAGUGGGUUUCAGAGAGGGGCAUCCUAGUUGCAUCUGACUCGGGUGCUGUUGAGCUGUGGGAGCUAGCGGAGGACGAUAGUCUGCUGGUGAAUCGGUUCACUAAACUCGAGCAUGAUCACAUCGUCACCAGCGUGAGCCCUGCUGGGUCAAACCACGCCGUCAGCAGCAGUAUGGACUGCCGAAUCAAAGUCUGGGACCUUAGUCAGGGGGAGGUGGUCAGCACACAUAACGCUCACUCUAAGCCAGUCACUUGUGUGUCCUGCAAUCCAUCCGAUGACUCCCUCUUCCUCUCAUGUGGCCAGGAUGGCCGUCUGUUGCUUUGGGACAGGAGGAAACCCACCAAACCAGCCUCUAGAUUAGAGGUAGAGCCCAGCUGUUGCCCUACCUCAGUGGCCUGGCAUCCCCACCACAGGACCACAAUCGCCUACAGUGACGAGCUAGGACCCGUGACUCUGAAAGACUUUCAGGGCACAGAGCCUGCCCAGAUGCAGAGCACCCACAGCCGUAGGGUCUCCAGCCUAGCCUUCUCCUCACACAGCGCCCCCUUGCUAGCCUCCAUCAGUGAUGACUGCUCCAGGUCCUCCACCAUAUCACGGGACAGGACGGACCCGCCACUGGAGACUCCACGUCCCCACCGUAGACCCACCACCCAGCCUGGGUCAGGGGAUCGGGGAAGGGUGGUUGUGGAAGUAUGGGGUUUUGUAGGAGGUGGGGGAGAAUUUGAGUGGUUGGCAUGA